AUGUCCAGCACCUAAUCCUCAUCUCUCGGCAGGGAAAGUUAAAAAGCAAGGGAAAAAAAAACCUGAAAAAUGGCAACAUCUGUUAUCACACCACCUGCUAUACCAUACGCCUUGCAUUGGCCGUCGCAUAAUCGUCUUCCGGUACUAUUUCACUCCCAUCUUCUUCCAGUAUGCGUAGGCUCUCGUCGACAAUGCUUUGCUCGGAAGCUUGCGUUGCAAUUCUGGUCCACAAAUUUCCCACAACAUUAUCGCCGGAGAACUUCGGUCUGGGCAGUAAAUCAAAAUGCUGAGGAAUCAUUCAAAAAGACCGUGGCAGUAGACAGACUCAUAGAUAUGCUGAGGGAUGCUAAUGAUAAGGAACUUCAGAAACUUGUUGCCGGAAAUAUUCUUGCUUUCAAUGAGAGCUUUUGGAUAAGACUUGCUGCUAGAUCUGAAACCUGCAAAUCUGAUGAUGAUAAAAAAGAUUAUGAAGAACUGGCAUCGUUGUUAAUGAACUUGGUGGAUCGUCUUGUCGACAAGACCAAUGAAAAGAUAGAGUCAGCUACUGAUGUUCUGAAGGCAAUUUUAAAACCUGUAGUUGAUGAAGUAGAAGAGAUUCCUUGGCCUCCUAGGGACCCUGAAACUCUCAAGCUCAUGGAGAAAUUAUGUUUCAAAAAACUGGCUUAUAUGACUAGGGAAUUAAAGCAAAGGGAGCAAGAAGGCCAUCUGGAUGAAGGGUUCGUAUCGGAAGUUACUGCACAGUUAAGGCAAGCAAAAGAAGAUGGAGACAAGCCAGGGCUUGAGGCUAUGUUGCAAAAGGUUCUGCAACUCUAUGCUUCCCGGAUCCUCUCUAAGCGUAGUUAUUCCACAAAAGGGAAUGAGGUGUUAAGAGAUGAGCAGUUCCUGGAAACAAUAAUUAAAGCUCCAGAGGGGGAAUGGAAUAAGAUGUUGAUUGAUGGUAUGACAGUCGGUAAAGGGGAAAUUUCACCUGAGGAACUGGACAAUGUUAUUAAGAAACGAAUUGAAAGGACGUUGAUUCGAACAGAAGCGGGCUCUUACCAGCAGCGAGUUCUUGUUGAGUACCUGAAAGGCAUUCAAUCAAGAUCAGAUGAGAUUGUACAAUUACUCCAAGGAUAGACUCGAUAAAGCAUUAGCAAUCAGAAAUGGUGUGAGGGCGUUGAUUUACUGCAAAAGGUUAUUGCCAUGUCCUGGAUUCGACGGAUACAAAAAACACGUGGAAUAGGAUCGGGUCGGAAUACAGUUUAUUUGGGCAUCAGAAAUGUAAUCAGUAUGAAGACCUCGUUACAGGCUUACAGCUCCGUGCACAAACUGCAAUAUACUACUACAUACGUAGCCGUACUCGUUUUAUCCCUUUCACCAAUCCGCCCUCUUUCCCUGCAAGAAACCAUAGUGCAUUCGGGUUCUGGUUUGGGCCAAGGGUAAUGGUAUUUACAGUUUACUGGACUGCCUUGGAUGCAUUGACCAGCUUAGCAAACUGUUUCGUUGGGGGAGGGAACCCAAAAAAAAAAAAAAA